AUGUCAAUGGGUCGUAUCAUUGAAUUUAAAUCUGCUGGAUCUCCACCAUCAGAGAGAGGAGUUCUUCUGAUACUGCUGCCAGUGGUUAAAGUCUCCAACAAAGCUCUACUGAGUGGCUGUAACCUCUCAGAGAGAAGCUGUGAAGCUCUGUCCUCAGUUCUCAGCUCCCAGUCCUCCAGUCUCAGAGAACUGGACCUGAGUAAGAACAACCUGCAGGAUUCAGGAGUGAAGCUUCUCUCUGCUGGACUGAAGAGUCCAAACUGCAACCUGGAAACUCUCAGCUUAUCAGGCUGUUUGGUCUCAGAGGAAGGCUGUGCUUCUCUGACCUCAGCUCUGACCUCCAACCCCUCCCAUCUGAAAGAGUUGGACCUGAGCUACAAUCAUCCAGGAGACUCAGGAGUGAAGCUGCUGUCGGCUGGACUGAAGGAUCCACACUGGAGACUGGAAGCUCUCAGGGUGGAGCCUGCUGGAGGCCGAUUCUUGACUCCAGAUCUGAAGAAAUAUUCCUGUCAACUCACCAUCGACACAAACACAGUGAACAAAUUCCUCCAACUGUCUGAAGGCAACAGGAAGGUGACAUAUGUGGAGGAGCUUCAGUCAUAUCCUGAUCAUCCAGACAGAUUUGAUGAUCCUCAGCUGCUGUGUAGAACUGGUCUGACUGGUCGCUGUUACUGGGAGGUCAAGUGGAGAGGAGAAGUUUAUAUAUCAGUGAGUUACAGAAGAAUCAGGAGGAAAGGCGACAAUGAGUAGCAGUGUAUGUGGACUGUCCUGCUGGCAUUCUGUCCUUCUACAGAGUCUCCUCUGACUCACUGAUCCUCCUCCACACCUUC